AGGCUGAGUGGAGGCAAAACAGAGGACGUAUCAGAGACACAGGAAGACUGAAGCUUACAGAAAGCUGGAUGCCUGAUGUUUAACUGAGGAAUAUGCAGAAGGCGGGAAGGACAACGUGUGAAAGAAAAUCUGACAGUUAGAGGUGCAAAUCACUGCAGCAAACCUGCUUGCAUUUUUAGCGUCGGAGUGCUGGACUCUGGGGAGCGGGGAAGGGCUCUUCAUAGAGGAGCAUGACAGCCUGGCUCGGUGGUGUUGCUGCAGCGGGAUGGACCGAGACUCAUUCAUUUUAGGAGGAAAUACAUAGGCCAUUGCAGCUCUCACCACUAUGCGCAGGGAUCGAGAGCAAGCACAUGGAAUUGCGUGCCAUCGUCAACAACCCAGCAGAACUCUUCCUUUCCCGGACCGUCAGCACAUCUAGCAUUGUUAACAUUAGCCCGGGCAACUGCCAAGAUAUUAGGUAGCACUUGACUUUAUCUGGGUUAAAUUUUAGUUUUAGUCAAAGCUACAAAAACAGCAGUAGUUCAUUUGUUGAGGUCCUUCGUGAACUUUAUCAAACGAGGACCUUCUGCUCUGAAAUUGAUUCAGCUGUUUUCCCUCUUAACGAUAAUUUCAUUUUUGACAGUAGCAGUUCUCAGGUUUAAGUAUGAUGUUUGCAUAUAAUUUGAUAGAUGAUAGGUGGUUUAUAGUUGUUGUUAGAGUUAAAUGAAGUUUGUGGUUGGUAUGGUGAGGAGAGCAGAUGCUCUAACUGGAUUGGCUGAUGAAGGCCUCCUGGAUACGACUGCUGAAACGAGCAACAGGAAACCGAGUCAAGAACAACAUUGGCGGUUCUGCGGACUCAUACACUAGUCGGCCAUCGGACUCAGAUGUGUCCCUGGAGGAAGAUAAAGAGACCUUACGCAGAGAGGCUGAGAGACAGGCUCAGACUCAGCUCGAAAAGGCCAAGGCUAAACCUGUGGCAUUUGCAGUACGUACUAAUGUUGGCUACAGCGCCUCCCUUGAAGAUGAUGUCCCUGUGCCUGGAAUGGGAAUAUCAUUUGAGGCUAAAGAUUUCCUUCAUGUUAAAGAAAAAUUUAAUAACGACUGGUGGAUUGGUCGCUUGGUGAAAGAAGGGUGUGACAUUGGCUUCAUCCCAAGUCCAGUGAAGCUUGAAAACACUCGCAUCCACCAGGAGCAACGUGCAAAACAAGGAAGAUUUUACUCAAGUAAAUCAGGGGCAAACUCUUCAUCUAGUUUAGGAGACAUAGUUUCAAACUCACGUAAAUCAACCCCUCCCUCCUCAGCUGUGGACAUAGAUGCUGCAGGGUUAGAUCCAGAGGAGAGUGACCCUCCUCCCCAUCAGCGUUCCCCCAAAGCCAGCCCAAACACAGUAAUAUCCCCUUUAGCCCGUGAGAAACGAAUGCCUUUCUUUAAGAAGGUAAAGCUUGCCGAUGGACGCUCCCUCGUUCUUCAUGUGCCGUCACCUACACAGCAGCAGCAGCAGCUUCUGUUCUCUUUGUCAUUGUCUCAAUGUUCAUGCCAUCUUAUUCUUUCCCUUCUCUCUCCCUGGCUUUUCUUUGUUCCUCUGUACCCCCUUGAUCUUUUCCUUUUUGUCUGUUUCUCUUCCUCCUUUCCUCAGCUAUACAGAGGCAUAAGUCGACAGAGCACAUUCCUCCAUAUGAUGUGGUGCCCUCUAUGAGACCAGUGGUGCUAGUUGGACCCUCGCUCAAGGGCUACGAGGUCAGGUUACAGAUAUGAUGCAGAAAGCGCUGUUUGACUUUCUGAAGCACCGCUUUGAGGGAAG